AUGAGGACAAUAGAGCCAAAAGGAUUGGAAGAUGAUGGGUCGAACAAGUCAAAUUUGUCUGGUGGCAGGUCACAAUCGUCUCCAGGUCGUGAGAUUGAUGAGUUUUCGAACGGAUCUCAAUCAUCUCCAGGCAAUGGGCUUUAUGAAGUCUCCAAAGAGUCGCAGCUAACAACAGAGGAUGUUAUUAAAGUCUCAAAAGAGUCGCAAUUGCCUCCAGGGAAGGGAGGCCUGAAUGCUACAGUUGAAGCCGACUUUUUUGACAAGAAACGGGAACAGGAAGGAAUGAUCGUACUGAAUCUCAAGAAUGGGAAAGGCGAAAUAUAG